AUGAGAUGGUGCUGCGGUGGGUCGUAUUCUGAAAAUGGUGGUGGUGGAAGUGGAUCCUCAUCGAGAACACCCCAUCAACAACCGACACCUCUUCUGACGGUGGCAACUGGAUCAGCAACAUCAAAUACCCACGAUACAUUCGGACCAAUGCAGGUGAAGAUGCACAAAACGCCAGUUGGAAUGCAUGAGAAUCAGUAUUUCAUUGGGAAUCAGAAGAGCUUCGAGGCAGUGAUCGUGACAGAAGGUACCGGUGAAAGUGUGCUGCUCGACUCGCUGAGGGCGUCGGGAUGGAAUUGUACAAUAUCGUUUCCAACUCAGGCAACAUCAGACGUCGAGUCAAUAUGCCCUCUAGCUGUAUUUAUCGAUCUUCGGGUGCCGCAUCCUUCUCAAAUUGCUAAGGAUGUCUCAUCGGUGAGCACGGAGGAAGUGUUGAUUGUGUCAAUUGCGGAAAAGCACAUCAGCGAAAAACGACGGGGAGCUCUCGGUCAAUCCAACAUCAUCCAUCAUGUGACGUGGAAUACGCGUGACGUGACACUCUUCGAUUACGUCGGUCGACUGGCCAAUCGGAUUCGUGCUCUUCCCGCCCUUUUCGCUGUAUUAGAUGAGACGGAUCAAGCUGUUGAAGUGUGUGACGAGCAACGAGUAGUCCAAUACGUCAAUCGAGCAUACGAGAACGUAACCGGGUGUAUACGAUCUGAAGUAAUUGGGCAACCGGAAUCCGAAAUGAGGAGGAAGUCAUUACCAAGAGCACGUGGAGAAGAAGAAAGAAGGAGGAGUUCCGAUUGGAAGUUUAUACGGGUACCUUUUGCGAACAAUAGUCAGUUCGUGUAUAUGAAACGCUCAAACACAACCGGUGAAGCGGCAAUUUUCCGCGAUGUCUCACUAAAAAGUCUGAAAUCCCAAACGGGCGGUAUCGAAGCUCCAAUCUCUGAAGUGCUCACAAUGCUCCGUGACGUCUCCUCACGGGUAGAUGGAGAACCAGCUCAAACGAUAAAAGAUGCUAUGAAAGUGUUAUCUUCUCAUGAAUUGUAUGCUCCGUCUAUCAAUCGAUUCCGUGAUGCUGAUCGAAUUGCCACACAGUAUUAUGAUGGUUUAAUACGACUGCAUCAUCCAGCAAGGCAGAGAAAGAGAAGUGUCGUGGAUGCUCAUCGAGAAAAACGGGGAUCACAUGGAGAACGACGAAGGGUAUCUGCCGAUGUGAAGAAUGCUUUGGAGAAUGACAAUUGCUGGAAAUUCGACAUACUUCAUCUUGAGAAAGUCUCGGAUCAUCACGCCCUAUCACAGGUUGGCAUGAAAGUGUUUGAACGAUGGAAGGUCUGCGAUGUUCUUGGAUGUUCAGAUGAGCUUCUGAAUCGCUGGAUUCUCUCAAUUGAAGCACAUUAUCAUGCUGGAAACACGUAUCAUAAUGCUACUCAUGCAGCAGAUGUCCUUCAAGCAACUUCAUUUUUCCUUGAUUCUCCAAGUGUUGCAAUUCUUGUGAAUGAAUCUCAUGCAGUGGCUGCAUUACUUGCUGCAGCUGUGCAUGAUUUGGAUCAUCCAGGAAGAGGAAAUGCUUAUUUGAUCAACACUCGACAGUCACUUGCUAUUCUUUAUAAUGACAAUUCGAUUCUGGAGAAUCAUCACAUUGCAUUGGCAUUCCAACUAACAUUACAACACAAUGCGAAUGUGAAUAUUUUCUCGAAUUUAUCAAGAGAGGAGUUCAUUCAAAUGAGGCAUGCGAUGGUUGAGAUGGUUCUGGCAACUGAUAUUUCAAGACACUUCGAAUAUCUUGCCAAGUUUAAUAAAAUGCAUGUGACGGAUGUAGCUGAAGAACAACGGGAUACAAACUCUUUGACAAUCUGUGAUAUGCUGGUGAAAUGCGCUGAUAUUUCGAAUCCUGCCAGAGAGUGGGGAUUAUGUCAGAGAUGGGCGCACCGGAUUGUUGAGGAGUAUUUUGAACAGACUCGAGAAGAAAAAGAGAAGGGAUUGCCUGUAACUAUGGAAGUAUUCGAUCGAAAUACAUGUAACGUGCCGAUAACUCAAUGCGGUUUUAUUGAUAUGUUCGCUCGUGAAGCUUUUGCCACCUUCACUGAGUUUGCUAAACUCGGUGAGCUCUCCGAUCAACUUGAGUCAAAUUAUGAGAAAUGGAAGUUAAUGACUUCCCAAUGGACACCAUCACACAAUACGAACUUAGUUCUUUAG